GAAGGUGAAGCCAUCGUCGUCUAGCUAUUCUUUCUCUUCUAGCAGAGCAACACCAGGAUGGAGCUCGGAAAAGGUGGUCUUCUCUUCUUCGUCUUCCUCCUUGGUUCGUCUUCGCCAUGCGCGAGCUCCGCGGAGCUCGGACGGAGCGGCUUUCCGCGGGGGUUCGUCUUCGGGACUGCCUCCUCGGCUUAUCAGUAUGAAGGUGCCUCUAGAGAAGGUGAUAAAGGGCCAAGUAUAUGGGACAACUUCACCCACAUGCAUCCAGAGAAAAUAGCCGACCGGAGCAAUGGAGAUGUUGCAGUCGACUCUUAUCAUCGGUACAAGGAAGAUGUAGCGAUCAUGAAGGACAUGGGUUUGGAUGCUUACAGAUUCUCUAUAUCCUGGCCAAGGAUUUUGCCCAAUGGAAGAUUAAGCGGUGGAGUGAACCGAGAAGGCAUCAAGUACUACAACAGCCUCAUCGAUGAGCUCAUCGCCAAAGGUCUGCAGCCAUUUGUGACUUUGUUCCACUGGGACUCUCCCCAGGCCUUGGAAGACCGAUACGGAGGUUUCCUGAGCUACCAUGUGGUGGGCGACUUCCGGGACUACGCGGAGAUCUGCUUUCGGGAGUUCGGCGAUCGGGUGAAGCACUGGAUAACCUUCAACGAGCCAUGGAGCUACAGCGCCGGGGGGUACGCCAUGGGGAUUCUGGCUCCGGGCCGGUGCUCGCUGUGGGAGGAACCCGGUUGUGGCGCCGGCAACUCCGGCAGGGAGCCUUAUGUUGUGGCUCAUCAUCAACUGUUAGCUCAUGCUGCAGCUGUAGCAGUGUACAGAAGAAAGUAUCAGUCAUUUCAGAAAGGGAAAAUAGGCAUAACACUAGUCUCCAAUUGGAUGGUUCCAUACUCUAAUUCAAAGGCCAACACGGACGCAGUGGAGAGAGCUUUGGAUUUCAUGUUCAUGGAUGCUUUAACAAAAGGUGAUUACCCAUUCAACAUGAGAGCACUCGUCAAGGAUCGAUUACCUAAGUUUACCAGGAAGCAAUCGAGAUUGGUCAAGGGAUCCUUCGAUUUCAUCGGACUCAAUUACUACACGGCAAGAUAUGUUCAUGAUCUUCCGAGGUCUAACAGAGUUCACAAAAGCUACAGCACUGAUUCAUGCACCAACGCGACAGUGACCCGAAAUGGAAUACCGAUCGGACCAAGGGCAGCAUCGUCUUGGCUUUACAUCUAUCCAAGAGGCAUAAGGGAUCUCCUGCUCUACACAAAGACUAAAUACGACAACCCUGUAAUCUUCAUUACGGAAAACGGAGUCAGUGAGCUUGACAAGACUACAUCGUCACUUGAAGAAGCCCUCGAGGACAAGAUGAGGAUAGAUUACCACCGGAAACAUCUGUCUUUUGUGCAGGAAGCUAUCAGGGAAGGAGUUGAUGUGAGAGGAUACUUCGCAUGGUCACUGUUGGAUAACUUCGAGUGGUUCGCUGGAUACACCGUUCGAUUUGGGAUCAACUACGUCGACUACAAAGAUGAUCUGAAGAGAUACCCCAAGAGUUCCUCUCUCUGGUUUCGGAAAUUCCUCGGAAGUUAGACUUGGUUGUGGUGAAGAACAGUCCGCUGAAUCUUACUGCUUCUCUGCCUUUUGAAGAGAAUCGAAAGCCCAUGCAUUCAAUAAUUAUAAUCCACAACUUUUUUUUGUGGUUAUUCCGACAAGAACAUCUCGGUCGAUGGUUUUUUUGGUCAACGUAAGACUUCGAGUACAUUCGGAGUGACCAAAACACCCUCCAAAUGUUCGCUGCCAGUUAUAAUUCCGUGGGUAAUGUAGGGCUAUUUUCGUCAAAACAGAAGUGAUCGAAUGCUGCUAUUUAUUUGCAACCCCUUUUUUUCCUACCCUGCGGGAUACAUAUGGGGUCCACGUUUUCAGAACCAACCACUGGCAGGUAUAUUAGCGGGGAGUAUCUCUGCCGACGACUAAAUCCAGCGGCGGCCUCGGCUACGCUCACGUGCCGGACGUGACAAGACAGGGGGAAUCGGGAAACGGUUGUCUACCCCCUAUCUCGGAGAGAGGGAUCAGUAUGUGAGGAAGAAGGCAAUCGUAACACCGGCAUGCUGCUUUCUUCUCGUCUAAAU